CGCGGUCAUCUUGGUGAGGUAUGAGGCAGGCGUCCGACGCACCGUCCGUUCUCUGGAGUUGAUUUCACCAUUUUUUCCACAUUUUCUGGACUUUGAACACCAAGAGUACACCUGUGUAUUUCCAUAAACCAGAGAAAAUGAACAUCAUUUUAAUACUUUUGUGGAGUACAGUUUUUUGUGAUGCAAACAGGCUCAGUCUCAAAGGAGAAGAGCAAUUUCCCAUAUAUUUGUUUUGGAAUUCCCAGAACUCUGUUGUUGAAAAUACGCUGUUACCAAAUGAAAUUCUGGAUAUGUCCUUUCAAAAUAUAAGUAACUUGAACAGUACAUAUUUUGCUGAAAUGACAGAUUUAAAACUCAUCAAUGUGUCAUUUAAUAAUAUAGAAGAACUUGAAGAUGGCCUUUUUAAAACCACUCGCAAACUCAAGUAUCUUGAUUUAUCACACAAUGAGUUGCAUAAUGUAUCCUGUGAAUUUUUAGUCUGUCUUCCAGAACUUGAAUAUUUGGAUAUUUCUUCAAACAAGUUUAUGGCAUUAAAUUUAGGAAGUGCUUUUAAGUCAGUGGUGAAUCUUAAAUUUCUAAGGGUUAGUGCUGAAAAACUUCAAAGAAAUUACCUUAAGAAUAUUGCAGGUAUUAGGCUAAAUAUUUUUUUUAUUGAAAUAAUGAAACCCUGGAGUUAUGAAAAAAAUAGUUUAGAUUGGAUAAACACAAACACAGUUGUUAUUGAAUUUCCUAAUGAUAAUGUGAAUAAAGUGGAUGCUUUUCUUUCAGAUGUACUGGAAAUUUCAACAAACAUAGAGAUUAUUGGCAGUGCAUGCUGUUUAGAUUUCUCAAAUGCUUCCUCUAAUUCAGUCAGUUUUAAUUUGACUAAUAUGUAUUUAACAAAUUUCCAAAUCUCUUUGGUUUGUUUUCUCAAAGCUGUUAAGAUGUUUUCCGAAUUAAAAGGACAAAAGCUUCAGGUAUAUAAUUUAACUGUCCAUAUUAUGAAUGAUGAAUUGAUUAUUCCAGAAGUGUUUCUUCCAUUUGAAGCAUUAUCAGUACAAGUUGCAAAAACUGAUGUGUUGUCAUUUACUGCUUCAAAUUUAUAUAAUAAUAUAAUUAACAUGAAGAUUAAAAAUAUGAAAAUUUCUGAAACUCCAUUGUUCUAUAUAACUUGCCCACGAACUGACAGCAUACACGAGGUAUUAGAUUUCUCAGACAAUUUUUUUUCAGAUGAGAUAUUUUCCUCUCCUGGCAUCACUGCCUGUAAAACAUUUCCUUUAUUACACACAUUAAUUUUAAAAGGCAAUAAGCUAAUGCAUCUUGACACGCUGAGUGUAAGAACCCAGCAUAUGAAGGCAUUAACAGAAUUAGAUGCCAGUUUUAACAUGCUUACAAGUGAAUCUAGAAACUGCUAUUGGCCACUAAGUUUAAGUAAGUUAAAUUUAUCUUUUAAUACUCUUGACAGUUAUGUUUUUCACUGUAUACCCAUUAUGGUACAAAUUUUGGACCUACAGUACAACCAAAUAACCAGCAUACCACAAGAUAUGGUCUCUCUGAAUGCUUUAAAAGAGAUAAUCCUGUCAUCAAACAGACUGUUUAAUAUCCCUGAUUGUAAAAAUUUUCAUUUUGUGGAAUUACUCUUUUUGAGUAGCAAUGUCAUAAAGACUCCAUCAGCAGAUUUUCUUGAUAGCUGCCAGAUUCUGAAACACCUGGAUAUUAGCAGAAACCCCUUUAUAUGUGAUUGCAGUUUAAGGCACUUUCUCCAAAAUAGGGACAAAUCCAAACUUGCAUUGCUUGGGUGGCCCAACUUAUACAGCUGCAGUGAACCAGAAGCAUUGAAUGGAACAUUGUUGGAAGACUUUCACAUGUUUGAAAUAUCAUGCAAUCUAGCUCUUCUGCUUGCAGCCAUUCUCAUUCCAUUAAUAGUGAUUGUUAUUUCAAUAGCAGUGCUGUGUAAGCAUUUUGACGCCCCUUGGUAUCUACGAAUGAUGUGGCAGUGGACACAAACAAAGCAGAGAGCAAAGACAAAACAGUUAUUAGAAACCCGACGAGAUCUGGCAUACAAUGCUUUUGUCUCCUAUAGUCAAGAUGAUUCCAGUUGGGUCAAGGAGUAUCUUCUUCCAAACCUGGAAGAGAUGGGCACAUUAAAGAUAUGUUACCAUGAAAGGAACUUUAUAGCUGGAAAAAGUAUAAUUGAAAACAUCAUCACAUGCAUUGAGAAGAGCUACAAAUCCAUCUUUGUUUUAUCUACCAAUUUCAUCAGUAGUGAGUGGUGCCAUUACGAACUGUAUUUUGCUCAGCAUCAGCUGCUAUCAGAAAAUACUGAAAAUUUGAUUCUGAUUUUAUUGGAGCCCAUUCCUCAUUACAUGAUUCCAUCAAAAUAUUAUAAACUCAAAGAUCUGAUGUCAAGAAAGACCUAUAUGGAGUGGCCCAAAGAUAAAAACAAGCAUAAGCUGUUCUGGGCUAGCCUACGAUCUGCCAUACAUAUCAAUCUAUCAGAACUUGCAGCAAGAUGAACUGAAAACAAUGCAAGCCCCUAAAGUGUUAAAUGUUAUGUGUGCUAACACCAGUUUAAAAAAAAAAAAACAAAAACAAAGGACAAAUGAAAUAGUUUUGUUAAAGGAAUGCUCCAUCCCAAAAAGGAUCAUAUUUUAUUUUUUUUUUACUUACCUUGGAUUGUUUGUUAAUAAUGACAAAAAAUAUUAUGUUUUUAUGGUGAAUGGAGAUAAGAAAAUUCCAGAUACAGUUGUUGUCAAUGGGCAGCAAUGCUGAACAACAGUAAGCAAUAUGAAAAAAAAUUAAGUUACGUAAAUAUGUAAAGAAAACUUUUCUGUUUUCAAGAAUAUGAGUUUAGUGAUUUAAUUUUAAAAUAGAACUUAAACAGAGUGAACUCACUAAGCCGUUUGUUUCCUUGUCUCCCCUUUCAUACUCAAAAGUUUUUAAAUAUGUUAAAAAGGACCAAUAAUGCAUGCUGUUUGUACCAAUGCAAAGGUAUAAAAUGCAUUGAUCUUGUGCCCAGUUUAAUGAUGAGUUCCAGGUUAGAUUUUAAUAAAGCAUAGAUAAUGAUGACACAACGGUUUCUUGUGCCUUGCUGGUGUUUACACUGAUGACAUAAUUCCAGAUGUGUUGCUGUUUCAUGAUAUGAAGACUAGAAGAAGAGGUUUGGAGAUAUGGUGCAGGGUCAUCAUUACACACCUUCUACAUUAGAUUACUUUGGCUGAGGGCAGAGGCAAGGGACAGUUUGAUGACUUCGCAACUUUUUUCUUGUCCUCCUGUAUGGUUUUUUUUUUUAUUUUUUUACUUCAGACCCCAGAAGAGACAAAGUAUUAAUACAUGUGUGAUAGCUCAAAUACUUUAGUUCUAAAGUUGGAACAUUUUGAUAGAUGGAAGUGGUUCAUUACAAUUGAUUUUUUUUAGUUAGCUUAUCUUUGAGAUAUUGGUAUAGUAUGAAAAUAAAGUUGGUAAAGAACAAAGACUAUUUGGGUCAGUUUGAGAAUUGAAACAAAUCAACUCUGCACAAGUACAAGUCUUUCCAUGUAUAGUUUUGUGUAAUCAGUGUCUAAUAAGUGAUUUGAUUUCUUCUCUAAUAAGGAUACCUUGUUUAGCAGGAAAACUCUGAGUACAAUGUGUCGGUGACUAACUAUUUAAAUUUAUCACUGAAAAUUUAAACAUUUUUCUAAAAGUAAAUCCAUAUAGUACAGUGUGACUAUGCUUAAAUCUCAAGGUAUACACAGUAUUACUCUUUGUUAAGCAGGGACACCAUAUUACUUCCUUUAUACAGUAUUCUAUGUAUUUGUAUAUAAAGGAACCUUUUAGUGGUAAGGUUUGUUCCCACAGUCCAUGCUAUCGAGUUCAUUGGAGACUUAGAUAGGUUUAGUGACAAUGUGUUCCACCCACAGCAAAGCCACGGACUGUCUCUGACUCUGUACUAAAGGAAUCACAUUCAGAAAAUGAGCACAUAACUUGUAAUUUAUCUUGAUGAAAA